CACACCUCAGUCCAGGUUCGUUGCACUUCCUCGUGUUUUCCUGAGCGAGGACUAACAGCUGCUCUUUCCAGAGUGACACAGUUAAUUCGCCGCUCCAUCUGCGCCCUGAAGAUCGAGUGGGUCAGGAUCGCCUGGCGUCAUCCCACCUGCACCUGUGAGCAGCCAACAAUGCGCGCAAGCUGCCAUCAGGUGAGCGUCGCGCUUACGCACAGCCACGACCACAAUUGCGGCUUCGUUCAGGACGAGCCUCGUGCAUCCAUGAGCUCAAGAGACUCCCACUGCCCAGUGUGCCUGCAGACGGCCACAUUCCCAGUCCAGACCAACUGCGGCCAUUUAUUCUGUGCUAACUGUCUGCUCACCUACUGGAGACACGGCUCCUGGUUGGACGCGGUCAGCUGUCCUCUCUGCAGACAGAAGGUCAGCGUGCUCUGCAACCUGUUUAAGGAGAGCCGAUCAGAUCAGCAGUCCAAGAAGGUUCUCGGGGAAAUCACGGACUACAACAAACGCUAUUCAGGAGCCCCGCGAAGGAUGACAGACUACCUCUGCGACGCGCCUCUUCUUCUGCAGUUACUGGCUCGUAACUGCCUUGGCCCCAUGGGAGGUCUGGUCUGGCUCUUCCUCUUCAGGGUGGCUCUGUGCUGCGUGGGGACUGUGGUGUCCAUCUCCUCCUCUCCCUCUGUCGACCCCGCGCCGUCGUCGACCCCCCUGGAAACGGACCCCUCUCUCUGCGGGCUGCUGGGGGUUCUGGACGACCUGGUGGUGGUCAUUCUGCUGCUCCUUUGCGUCAUAAACGUCAACCAGCACAUUGCACCAGACGGGGGACGGCACUCUCCGAGCAGAACGACCUCACAGGGAGUCAUGGGGAGCUCGUUGUAGUUUUAUGCUGCUCGACCGUAAAGACGUUUGAAACGGACUUUUAUUGGAUUUUUGCUCUCUGCCUCGUUGGAUGAGCAGAUGAGAGAUCAAUGGAGUUGGACGCCAUUGAUCCCCUCAGACUGUGGACUUGUCGAGUGUUUACAGAGCUUAUGUAACUGUGAUGUGUUCAGAUGCAGUGUGGCCAUUGGGCUGUCUUUCCUGAGCUGACAAGCGUCAAUUAGUUGCUGCAAUAUUGGAAAAGACUUUUUAAAUCUCAACCUUUAAAGUUCUACCUGCAAAUGUAGCAAGUUGCAGACGGUCGUCAUGACCGUACUCUGAUGUUUUCCUUGUAUAUAUAUGUGACAUUGUGUGAAGCUGUUUUUAUGCUUAAAAUAAAGAUUAUUUAUUGUAACGUUCAUCUUUAUUUAAGUCCCAGAAAAGUUUUUUUUUAAAACAAAUUUAUUAUGAAGAUGAGUUUUAAUUGUUUCAAGGAUGCAGCUGAUCCUUUCUGCAAACAUA